AUGACUUCCUCGAUUUCCGAAGACCGGCUGCAAACCCUCAUUCGAGAAGAACCUUCGUGGUGGAAAUCGGCCAACCUGGUCAAGCUCUAUCUUUUACUUUUCGCGCCGCUUCUCACUCCUACUGCGUGGGGAUUCGACCUUUCCCUCACCAAUGGCUUACAAUCUGUCGAUCGGUUUAUGGACACUUUUGACAAUCCCAGCGGUUCGAGGCUUGGAUUUUUUGGAGCCGCAACCUCAGUCGGUGGUAUAGUGGCUUGUUUCAUCGGUGGUCCCCUCGUUGAGAGGUUUGGACGGCGAGCUAUGUGCUCGGUUGGAGCCAUCAUCAUUGUCGCCAUGGCCAUUAUGGAGACGUUUGCCACAAGUUUCGGGAUGUUCACUGGUGGAAAGGUUAUACUCGGUCUCGGAGCCUACUUUCAACAAGUAGCCGCCCCUGUUCUCGUCGCGGAGCUCGCCCAUCCAAAGCAACGAGUCGCCAUAACUUCGUUAUACAACACCAGUAUCUUCAUCGGUCUUGUGAUUGGAAGCUGGGUCACUUUUGUCACCUACAAAAUUGACAGUGCAUGGAGCUGGAAGAUUCCAUGUAUCCUACAGAUCGCGAUACCUUCCUACCAGAUGAUCAUGGUAUGGUUGUGCCCCGAGAGUCCAAGAUGGCUCAUUUCGAAAGGCAAGGUGGAGGAAGCCCGGGCAGUUCUCAUAAAGUGGCAUGGAAAUGGUGUUGAAACCGAACUUGUUCGACUCGAACUACAGGAGAUUAUCGCGGGCAUUGAAGCUGACAAAUCUGUCUUAAGUGUCAACUGGGAAAGUAUUAGAUCCACACUUGCUACGAAAGGCAAUCGCCAUCGCCUCUGGCUAUGUGUGAUAACGGCCGUGGGCUCACAGACCAUUGGCGGUGGAUUUACGGCAAACUACCUUCCUUUGAUCCUCGAACAAAUUGGAAUGGGAUCACAAAAAGAAAAGACCCUGAUCAAUGCAGUUCUCAACAUCUUCUACUGGACAUGUGCGAUCUCAUCUGCAUUUGUGAUACCGAAAGUGGGACGUCGUACGAUUUUCAUGUUCUCUGCUGUCGGUAUCAACAUUUCAUUUAUCAUUUGGACUGCUUUGACUGCACGAUACACCGCAGAUUCACAACUGUCGUACGGAAUCGGCGUUCUUGUCAUGAUAAUUGUCACGAACUUCUUCACCUGCACCUGCUGGGUCCCGUUGGUCGUGGCGUAUCCCAUCGAAACUGUGACUACAAAACAGCGAAGUAUAUACUUUGCCGUUACUAUGCUCACAAUCAAUGUGACGGCUUUUGUUACGAGUUACCUGACUCCUGUUGGUCUGGCGAACAUUGGAUGGCAUUAUUAUAUUCCUACAUGCGUUUGGAAUGCCAUCAUGAUUCUCGUCGUUUACUUCACCUUUGUGGAGACCAAAGGCUUCACUCUUGAAGAAAUCGCGACCCUCUUUGAUGGAGAAGAGGACUUCUACAAUAACGCAGCUGCGGUCGGUCAUGAUAUGGAGAUGAAGAGAGUGGAGUCUUUCACACAUCAUGAAACUGUCGAGCCUAAAAGGCCUUCUGGGAAUUGA